UUAAACAAAAAGAAGAAGAAAAAGAAGAAGACGAAGAAGAACCAAAGCAUGUCCCUUCACGGGUUCCGUAGUUGUUUUUAACUUAGCGCGAAUUAGUCGUUUCAAGCAAUCAAUGUGUCAUUAUCAACCCUUGCUUGUUUUUAUAACUCCGUGGAGGGAUGAUGUUGUCGCUGUUGUGGAGAGUUAAAGCAGCCUGUUGGCCCUCCGCUGUGAUCAUUUCAAGACGCUGUUUAGGGCACGACAAGGAAGCAUGGGGGUCAGCGCUGUGUAGGUGGACAGGCGGUUUCAGACGGGUCUGCACCUCCACAGCACUUCACGGUAAAGUCAAAAAGAAGAAGGAGAUGUCCGAAAAGAAGCUGACCCGUCACUUUGUGGACCAUCGGCGUGUGAAGUUGGUUGCCGGUUCUGGGGGUAAAGGUGUCUGCAGCUUCCACAGCGAGCCCAGAAAAGAAUGGGGUGGGCCAGAUGGGGGGAACGGAGGCGACGGAGGAAGCAUCAUUAUAAAGGCUGACCGGUUUGUGAAAUCAUUGGCCCAAGUGAUUCCAGUUUACAAAGCAGAAGACGGACAGUCAGGGGGCAGUAAGAACUGUUAUGGUCGGAAUGGCAACACAACCUACGUUUCUGUACCAAUAGGAACGGUGGUGAAGGAGCAGGGUACGGCUAUAAUGGACCUUACUGAGCAUGGCCAGGAGUAUUUGGCAGUGUAUGGCGGCACCGGUGGGAAGGGGAAUCGGUUCUUUCUGUCAAACGAGAAUCGGGCACCUAUGAUGGCGACCCCGGGCGUGGCAGGCCAGGAGCGAGUUCUUCAACUGGAGCUACGCACCAUGGCACAUGCUGGACUGGUUGGCUUUCCAAACGCUGGCAAAUCAUCACUGUUGAGAGCCAUCUCUAACGCCAGGCCUGCUGUGGCUUCCUACCCCUUUACGACACUCAAUCCACAUGUAGGAAUCGUUCAAUACAGGGAUCAUGAGCAAGUUGCAGUUGCUGACAUCCCAGGCAUUAUCCGAGGAGCCCAUUUAAAUCGAGGCCUGGGGAUCUCCUUCUUACGUCACAUAGAGCGUUGUCGCUUCCUCCUCUUUGUCCUGGACCUGUCGGCGCCAGAGCCCUGGACCCAGCUGCAGCACUUGUGUUAUGAACUGGACCAGUAUGAGCCCGGGUUGUCCCAGCGGCCUCAGGCCAUUGUUGCCAAUAAGAUGGACCUUCCAGAGGCCCGGGAGAAGCUGGAGACCCUGAAGAGCCACGUUACACAGCGGGUCAUCCCCGUGUCUGCUCUGACGGGACAUAAUACUGAGGAGCUCAUCCUCCACCUUAGAGAGUUGUAUGAUGGCUACCUCCAAGGAGACGAAGGCAGAGCAGUUAAACCAAUUAGGUGGUAGAAGACAAAUAUGAUUGGAACUGGACAAUGUAUUUAUAUUUAUUAUAAAUAAACUGAGAAAACCAACA